AUGACAUCUGAUCAAAGUCCAACAAAGCUACCCAGCUCAGAAAGCACAGCAAAUGAUAUUACUUUUGAGGUACAUUCGAAUCUUGUGAGCUCAACGGAUCUUCUGGACGUUCUCACGAAAUGCUUCGAACGGGACAAGUUCGCCGUAGAGAUGAGGCACAGUAUUUUUAUAAUCAAAGUCAAACAACCUCAAACGGAGAAAGAGAAAGCAUCGCUAGAAAGGUUUACUAGUGGUACGUAA